CUGGAGUGAGGAAAGACGUCUUUUCCCGCGAGCCUAACAGGCGACUGAUCCUCGCACCGCAGGAGUUGCCUGCAGCCCAGGCAGCGGCACGCUCGUAUGGCUAAGCCACCCGCGCACAGGGUCUCCGUUGCACUCCCAGGACCGCUAGUAGGGGCUUAGUUGCACCGUAGUGAGCUUUUGGGGUACUCCAGCUGUUGGAGCACACGGGUCGCAUCUGAACUUGUUCCUCUGUGCUUCCACUUUGGGCAGUCGGCCGCGUUUCACCAAUCCCCUGCCGCCCCCUCUCUCUGCCUUUCAGAUCCCUAGAGAUGGGUAAAUAACAUUGCCUAGUUGUUAAACUUUUUUGACAUUCACCGUAUUCAUUAGCUCUUACUCCCUGUCACGUAUAAAUCGCUCAUCCCGCAGAUCCACCAACCAAGUUCUCUUGUCUUUGGUUUCCUCUUGGUUCCUGUUCCGCGUCAUUUUCACGUCUACUUAUUGCCGUACGUUUAUUCCUUCACGCCUGAGAAUUUGGUAAUGAUAAACCACAGGUCGGCGACAGCUUCCUCCAUUUUUCUCUACAUUUUUGUUGCCGCCUAACAUGGAUGACCACACUGUUCUGGUCGGGCGCCAUGACGAGCACCUCGAAAGACUGCCCUUGACAACAAUAUCCAUCUUGGCGCCGUUCAGCGCCCUCAUAAUGAGCAUUAUCUUCGUGAUAUACUUCAUAAUUCGGUUCUACCUCUUGGAAGGAUAUUUGCUGAAGAGGAUCUAUGGAGCAACAUACACGAUAAUGGAUGAGACCACCAGAAGGGGAUUCGUAAACCAUCACAUAGCUGGUGGAACAAAGAUCCUCAUACUCAUCGCGGCCAUUUACCCCUUCAUCUCCGUCGUCUUUGGCACAUCCGAUUUCCACACCCGAUUCUCCAAGUCAUCGCCGGUGACAAUGGGCGACAUCUUGGUUGUUGUCUCCCAGAUGCUAAUGGCAAUGUAUAUCUUCGAAUUGUUUUACCGACCCAAGAUCUCCCCAGUCAGCGUUGGACACCACGUGGGAACCAUCAUGAUCGGCCAGUCCGCAAUCGCAAUCAGCCUGGAAAUAAUCAGUGAGCCUGAUGCUGAUAUAGAAUUUUCUCUAUGUCUGGUCUGGGGUGCUUUUGAUAUCAUUUCCGAGUUCUUGCCACACGUCACCAUAAUACUUUACAGAGUCUACCCCCAGUCACAUGCGUUCCUCCGAAAGCUCUUCCUUGCGGCCAUGGCCACGACCUUGACCGGUACGAUAACCGAGACAAUUUUGACCAUGUACAUGUUCGGGUCGCUGUGGAACAAGUGGACACUGGCCUUCAAAAUUACGACGCCCAUGCUCCACGUCCUCUUUGCAGCGGCACAACUCUGGGGCUCGUGGAACUUCUAUUGCUUGUACCAAAGGCAAUGCAGGCUUCUAGUUGCAGGCAGGGAACCUGAUACAAACACCGCCGAGGACGCGAAGCCGGCAGCGGACAAAUCGACUUCGUCGGAGCCGCUAGGUGUGUUGCCCGAGGAUCUGCCUCAAAGGCUUUCUGUUUGACUGGGUCCAAGCAACUCCUUCAUACCAGGAGACUACCUUAAUUAUUAGAGAUAGUGAAGAUGCCACUAAAGUGCUAGCAAGCCGUUUUCUAAG